AUGGGCAACUCUCAGACGAAAGAGACCCGACCGUCUCUCUCCCAAUCAUCCCGCCGCAACCAUCAAUGGGGUUCCAGCGGAAGCCAGGGAAGAUCCCCGUAUGGCGACCGACAUCAUCCGGAGGGUUCAAGAUCGCACCGAAGCAGUAGGCCGGACCUGUCUCUUCUCGGAAUUGGUGGAAGCUCAGAGCGCGAUGUGGCGACGAUCCUUGACCAUCGGCGAGAAACUAAACAGGAGCGAGAAGCUCGCCGUCUAGAAAAGGAACGCGCGGCUCGCCUGAAAGAACGAGAGCGGAGUAUGAAAGAGGAGCAUGUUGACGGAGGUUAUCUGGUUACACAGGGUGUCUAUACAGGGACGGAAGAUUUCAACAAGGCCGUGGUCCGCCAAUUGAUGAUUGAACGACGACUUGCGCCGUUUUGGAGAGGUCUGAAUGAUUUCUCGGAUUCGUGGACGGAACAUCAACUGAUGGCAGUGGCGCGCGGAUUGCCUAUACCCCCGCCUGAUGAGAUUCCUCCGGAGUUGGAAUAUAGAAAUCCGCCGAAGGCGAGCGAAGACGCCCGCGAGGCGUUAGAUACGAGGUCAAUUCAACAUCUGACCGUUCCAAUCACCUCUCGAUCGGCAUCCUAUGGUUCAGAUGCCUCUCAUUCAUCUACCCCUGCCCAUUCUCUACCUUCCCCUUCCCCUAUUGCAUCCGGUACCUCAAGCUCGCCUUUGUUUCGCUCGAGGGCAAAGACACUCGCUUCUUUGACAAGCUCUAGGCACAACUCCCAGACCGAAACGAUCCCCCGGGAAAUACAGCUACCACGGGAUCCGUUUGUCAAUGGUCAACCCAUUGAGGCGUACCUCUACAAGGAUGCCUCUGAGUGUCCUAUCUGCUUCCUCUAUUAUCCUCCUUAUCUCAAUCGUACGCGAUGUUGCGACCAGCCUAUUUGCUCCGAGUGCUUCGUUCAAAUAAAACGCCCAGACCCCCAUCCCCCAGAGCAUGCGGAUUCGGACUCGAACACCCCGGCCCCAGCUGCAGAGACCGAGCGAGCGGAGAAUCAAGAAAUCCAGCUAGUUUCUGAGCCUGCGGCGUGUCCGUUUUGCGUUCAGCCCGAAUUCGGUGUGACUUAUGCACCACCUUCAUUCCGCAGAGGGCUAAGUUACGCGUCUGAUCCAAAUGGCCGUCCGAGCAUAGCAACUCCUCUAUCUUCCACGUCAUCUCUUUCCUCCGGGACCACUCCUGCUGCUACAACUACUACUGGUCGGAGACGCGCGACAUCCCUAUCUGCGAGUGAUCCUAGUGUGAUUACAACUGACAAGGUACGUCCAGACUGGGCUCAGAAAUUGGCAAAUGCUCGUGCGCAUGCGGCUCGAAGGUCCGCGGCAGCAACUGCUUUACACACCGCCGCCUACCUGAUGAACUCCAACGGAUCUGCAAAUGAUUCUCGAGGAUUUGGACUCGGCAGACGAGGGGUUGUGCGACGCCAUGGCGGGCAGGAAUCUCCAGGCACUCCCGGUCGAAGCGGCUCACCGGCACUUCAAGCGCUUGCAUUCUUGACGGACAGACGCGCACCCGGCCAAGAGACAGACUCUGCCGAGGAGGGAACAGGAAACCUAGCACCGCCACGAAACAGCUCUAGAAGGACGCGAAUCGACGAUCUGGAGGAUAUGAUGAUGAUGGAAGCUAUUCGACUAAGCCUCGCAAGCGAGGAGGAGAGACGAAAAAGAGAGGAGAAAGGAGCGAGGAAGGAAGCCAAAAAACGUGAAAAGGAGGUAAAGAAAGCCGAGAAGAUGGCUCGCAAAGCUGGCCUAUACAGCAACAACGCAAGCAGCUCUGCCCUAGAGUCGCCGCCAGAUGCUAGACUGGGAAAGGUUGCUAGCAGUUCUUCAUCUAUCGCGGGUGGCGAGGACACAGCUUCAUCUGGAAAAGGCAAGGCAGUAGAGCGGGCCUCUUCGCCGACUGAUAAUGCCGAUCAUGCCGAUUCUGCUGGCUCUGAUGAUGCACCGCCUGGCGUGGCAGAGUAUCUGCAGCCUCAAUCCUCGUCUUCAGGUCUUCCAUCGACACUUCGGGAGCCUUCAAAGCCAUCGCAUCUUCGCCAUGUUUCGAGCGCGUCGUCGUCCUUUUCUUCACUUGUCGAAUCGAUGACCGAGGAGCAUGGGAGCUCGUCUCAAACGGGGGAGGGCACUAGCUCAUCUACCGAGCCAUUAUUCAACUUUCGCAGUCUGGCUGCUGUCAUUGGUGAUGAGGACAAACCAGACGAAUCACCAGAACAUAUUGAAGACACUACGCCUCGCUCGACGUUGGAAGGGUCGGCAUCAAACGCCACUGCCCCGGCUAGCGAGCCCUCAACGCCAGAAGCGGACGCAGCCGCGCAGGAAGGCCAGAAAGUCGAGGAAAACCAAGAAAGCUUGAGUCCGAAAGAGAUUGAGGCACGAUCGGUAGAGAUCACCCAUGGCAUAAAUUCGGAGACGACUUCAUGA